AUGUUUAAGUCACUGACAAUAAAAUUCAACAAGGUGACGCCUAUAGGAAAGAACAAUGGGAAUGAACAAGGUUCUCAUCCGAGCAAUCAGUCUCAGCUAUCCACAGAGCAGGAAGAAAAUAAAAGUGAAAAGAAAUCUCUUGAAACCAAGAUGACUCCAGUCACACUGGAAGAAUCACACACCAAAAUGCAAGAUGAAACUUCUGAGAAAAAUUCUUUCAGAGAUCUGACCACAAACCCUAACCCUCAAAAUCCAGCAGAACCAACCAGAAUGAUGCCAGAGCAGAAAGAAAUAGGAACUGAGGAAGAAGGUCCAAUCAGCCCAAAAAGCAAAACGCUUGGAGCCCCUGUUAUAAACGAGUAUGCUGAUGCCCAGCUACGCAACCUGGUGAGAAGAAUGCGUCAAAGAACACUCGUCUACAAGAGAAAGUUGGUAGAGGGAGAUAUAUCCUCACCCGAAGCCAGCCCGCAAGCUGCAAAGCCCGUAGCUGUAUCAUCAACACAAGAAAGCAAUGCUAAGCUAACAAAAGAACAAUACUACAGCAUGUUGUGUUGCAAAUUCCAGAAGAUGCCUCUGACAGAGUACCUAAAGCGAAUUAAACUUCCAAGCAGUAUAGAUUCCUACUCAGAUCGACUCUAUCUCCUGUGGCUCCUUCUUGUCACCCUUGCCUACAACUGGAACUGCUGGCUUAUCCCGCUGCGCCUCGUCUUUCCGUAUCAAACACCAGGCAACGCACCCUACUGGCUUAUCACAGACACUGUGUGUGAUAUCCUCUACCUGUGUGAUAUGCUUUUUAUCCAGCCCAGACUCCAGUUUGUAAGAGGAGGAGAUAUAAUAGUGGAUGCAAAUGAGCUAAAGAGACACUACAGGAGUUCUCCAAAAUUUCAGUUGGAUGUCGCAUCAGUUAUACCAUUUGAUGUAUUUUACCUCUUCUUUGGGUUUAAUCCAAUAUUUAGAACAAAUAGGAUAUUAAAGUACACUUCAUUUUUUGAGUUUAAUCAUCACCUAGAGUCUAUAAUGGACAAAGCAUACAUCUACAGAGUCAUUCGAACAACUGGAUACUUGCUGUUUGCGCUCCACAUUAAUGCCUGUAUUUAUUACUGGGCUUCAAACUAUGAAGGAAUUGGCACUACUAGAUGGGUGUAUGAUGGUGAAGGGAACAAGUAUCUGAGAUGUUAUUAUUGGGCAGUUCGAAGUUUAAUUACCAUUGGGGGGCUUCCAGAGCCAGAAACUUUAUUUGAAGUUGUUUUUCAACUCUUGAAUUUUUUUUCUGGAGUUUUUGUGUUCUCCAGCUUAAUUGGUCAGAUGCGAGAUGUAAUCGGGGCAGCUACAGCCAACCAGAACUACUUCCGUGCCUGCAUGGAUCAGACCACUGCCUACAUGAACAAUUACUCCAUUCCUAAAAGUGUGCAAAACCGAGUUCGGACUUGGUAUGAAUAUACAUGGGCCUCUCAAAGAAUGCUAGAUGAGUCCGAUUUGCUUAAGACCCUGCCAACUACAGUACAGUUAGCUCUCGCCGUCGAUAUGAACUUCAGCAUCAUCAGCAAAGUCGACUUAUUCAAGGGUUGUGACACACAGAUGAUUUAUGACAUGUUGUUAAGAUUGAAAUCCACUGUCUAUUUACCUGGUGACUUUGUCUGCAAAAAGGGAGAAAUUGGCAAGGAAAUGCACAUCAUCAAACAAGGAGAAGUCCAAGUCCUUGGAGGCCCUGAUGGUGCUCAAGUUCUGGUCACUCUGAAAGCUGGGGCCGUGUUUGGAGAAAUCAGCCUUCUCGCAGCAGGAGGAGGAAACCGUCGAACUGCCAACGUGGUGGCCCAUGGAUUUGCCAAUCUUUUAACUCUGGACAAAAAGACUCUCCAAGAAAUUCUAAGGCAUUAUCCAGAUUCUGAAAAGGUCCUCAUGAAGAAAGCCAGAGUGCUUUUAAAGCAGAAGACUAAGGGCGCAGAGGCAACUCCUCCAAGGAAAGAACUUGCCCUUCUCUUCCCGCCAAAAGAGGAGACCCCCAAAUUGUUUAAGACUCUCCUGAGAAGUGCAGGAAAAGCAAGUCUUGCAAGACUACUCAAUAUGAAGAGUGAACAAACAGCUCAGGAAAAAAGGGAAAAUACUGAAGGAGGAGAGGGUAAAAGAAAAGAAUAUGAAGAUAAAGGAAGAGAGCCAGCAGAGGAACCACCAGACAGAUCCAAAUGUACCACGAGUUCUAUCACAAUGGAGGAAAAGCCCCUGUCGAUUAAAAGGGCAGUUUUACCCAGAGGAACUACCCGUCAAUCACUCAUCAUCAGCAUGGCUCCUUCUGCUGAGGCUGGAGAAGAGGUUCUGACUAUCGAAGUCAAAGAAAAGGCCAAGCAAUAA